AUGGAUCAAACUCCAAGUAAAGAUCUAAUCAGUCUCUCCACUAGCGAUGGUGUACACAUACCCUCCCCAAAACCAACAGAAGUGGUCCUAGACGAAGACUCUUACACCGAAGCAAUAAGUGAAAUCAUUAAGCGCGAUUAUUUUCCUUCUCUUAAAACCUUAGAAGCGCAACAUGGUUACCUGGAUGCUCUAAGUUCUAGAGAUCCCACAUUACUUCGUGAUGCUACGAGGAAACUCUCCAAAAUAAAUACUCCCCUGAGAAAAACACCAGCGGCUACUCCAAUAAUAUCGAGAACACCACAAAGAGGAGAAUGGGAUACUCCCGUAUCAACAAGAACAACAUCGACUAGAAUUACAAGUGCUACAGCUACCACGUCACCCGAAAAAAAAUAUAACACCAAUUUAUCGUUAGAUGCCUUUCAAACGAAAUACACUAGCGAAGAUAAUGCUUCAUAUCCUUAA